AUGACAUCGUCGUACUGCUCACAUCAUCAAUGUAACAAUGUCGCUUUCGCGACCAUUGUCUUCCUGCUGACGACGAUGAUCGAUAUGAGAGAACAAACCAUGCUAGCCGAGAAUCUUCCGACGACGGAGAAUGUAGCAUAUUCUAAACAAAUCAGUUCGACUAACAAGUUGUCAUCGCCGACAGUGCCGACGUCACCGACGGAAAGGAUAUCGCUGAAUGUGACAACGGCAAAUACGAUGACACUUCUCGAGCAGCAUCAGUGGAACUUUUCCUCGACACCUUAUUACGAGACAGCAACCCUUUCGCAGUCACCGGCGACGGUUGUGACAACAUCCCCACCCUCUCCACCAACCAUAGAAAUAUCGCCAACGAUGGCUCCGGCGACACUGGCAAAGGAUCAAUACAAAUCUAGCUAUAGUAUAAAGUUCACAACUUUUCGACCAUUACUAGUACCUACUUUACCUGAUAUUCGACAUAGGAUUAUACAUUCGAUGCCUUAUCAGUCCAAGCAUCACCACGAGCGACAUUGGGGUCCAUUUUUCGAAGAGCCUCUCAAUGUGACUUCCGGAGCGCUGCAAGUAGGCUACCAUUUGUCAACGGAAGCCAUUCUCAACUGUAGGGUAGGAAUGUUGAAAGAUAAAACGGUGAUGUGGAUUCGCAGAACAACCGAUAAGGUAUCGCUCCUGACAGUCGGAAACAACACGUAUAGCGGAGAUCCAAGGAUACGGGUGAAAUUUCAAUAUCCGAAUAAUUGGCGCCUACAUAUCAACCCAAUCAAGAAUGACGACGGUGGCCUGUAUAUGUGUCAAGUGUCUACGCAUCCACCCAGAGUUUUUGCCACAAAUCUCACAGUGCUCGAACCAGCCGUCCGGAUAGUCGACGAGAUUGGAUACGAGUUCUACGACCGGUACUAUAAAUUAGGUAGCACAAUCGAUAUAUCAUGUCAGGUGUCGUUGUCGUAUCUGGCAACGCUGCCAACCCGGAUCCCACCGGUCUCGACGGGACAGGCUGCCAACAGUCUGCUGCCACCGGGUUCGUCUAGCAGUGGCGGAACGAGUCCGCCGACUAGCUCCAGCAGAUUCUCACCCGGAGGAGUGACAACUAGCAAUAAUAAUAAAGAUAAGACCAAACAACCGCUACCGCAGAACGUCGUGUGGAAAAAAGACGGAACCGAGCUGCCGAAAGAUGUCAAGCUCAGCUAUAGCCUCUCGAAGCAAUGGCUCCAUAGCAGACUGUCCAUAAUACAGGCCGAGCGGACACACAGCGGAAUCUACACAUGCACGGUGGCCGACAAACAGACGAUCUCCGCACAAAUCCAAGUGCUGAAUGGCGAAACCCCGGCUGCGGUCCAACACAACCGAGGCGACAGGGAAAGGACCAUUUCAGCACUUAUCUUCUAUUGCGUCCUUUGUUGGAUUCAACUGCACAUAUCCUACACGUAA